AUGAAACCUUCUAUUGAUAUAGACUCACUUCGCAGUGAGCAUGAAUCAGACGAACAAUGGCAGGUACGUCGUAGCUUUAUGCUGGAACACAAGGACAAUUUUGAUGAGGAUGAAUUGGUGACUCUGGCACAAUUGUAUACAAAUAUUGAGUUCCUAGGGUGCAGAUACCCAGUAGAAACAAUGAAGCGAAUUGCCAAAUUAGCAGAGAAAGUAUCAGCUAAGUACAAGGAGAGUAGGAAAAACAAACUCAAACGGACCUUUGUGGAAGCUAGUGAUGCAGCAGAACAAAAGGCCAAACGGACUUUUAAACAAUAA